AUGUUUCUCCCUGUGAGCGCCACGAGUCAGUUCUCAGCAUCGAUCCUCUGUUAUGUUUGCAAGUGUCUAUCGCUCACAGAUCAUGACUCGUUUCCUAAGAUGGAAGAAGCAAAGGGAGAAAGAGUAGGGUUGGGAAAAAGGCCACGCUCAAGAAAAGGGUGCAUGAAGGGAAAAGGAGGACCCCAGAAUGCUACGUGCAGGUACAGAGGAGUGAGGCAGAGGACGUGGGGAAAAUGGGUUGCCGAAAUACGAGACCCCAAACGCGGCCUUAGGCUUUGGCUUGGCACCUUUAACACCUCCAUUGAAGCAGCACAUGCAUACGACGACGCUGCAAGAAGCCUCUAUGGUGCAUCGGCCAACCUCAAUUUGGGUGCACCUAAUAAUCACGCUUCACAUGAUCACUGUUUGAAUAUCGUUCCUACUGCACAGUCACCACAACCUGAUGCUCCAACCCUAGUCGACUCCAAAACUGAUGACACUCCCACUGAUAAUACUACGUUGUUUGAGGAAACGAGCAACAUUGAGGGGUUGUUUUGGGAGACUAGUUUGGAGCGUGAUACCUGGACUAGUUCUCGAAACUCCAUCAGGGAUGAUUUUCUGGAGCUCAAUACGAUCGUUCAUGGCCUCAACGAUUGGGAUCGGCGUUAA